GCAGAUUCGGUGGUUUCCUGAAGUUUUGAUCAGUUUGUGCGAUUGAUGCUUUUGUUUUGAUUCAUGUAUUUUGAAUUGAUUAAGAUCUUGGUAGAAUUUGUGAAAUCGGUUGACUAAUUUCAACCCUUCUUCAUUCAAGAGAAAUCGAAUAAAAAUGUUUUUUAGAUUCAGAAAUUCAGUGUGCAUGAUGUUUCCUUCCUUAUGUUUUGUAUAAUAAAUUUGAUUUUGGCUGUUUCCUUCUCUGUAUUCUGUAUAAGAUGCUUGAUUUUGGUUAGUAGAGAGGGAGUUAGUAACAGAAAUAGAACAUUGUGCUCUGCUCAUUUGUUCUUGUUUCUUCAGAAUUAUAUGCUUUAUUAUACAGGGUUUGAGGGCAAGAGAUUGAUUUUAGUUGAUACAUCUGUUCCAUUGUUUUAGAACAGUUGUCUUGUGCCUUUUAGUUACAUUCAUAAGCUAUUCAUCUUAAUUAAAUGAAUGUGAUUCAACUAUUAUCUAUGUUAUAAUCUAUAUCUAGGUGAAUGCAUACGCUCAAAUAGCUUUGCAUAUGCUCACCAUCCUGUCUCAAUUUAUGGUUUCUAGCAUCGAGUAACAUCAGAGAAAAUGGGAGGUGGAAAGGACAAACAUGAUGAAUCUGACAAAGGGCUCUUCUCUCACGGUCACGGCGGCCAUUAUCCACCCGGGCAGUACCCACCAGCAGCUGGAGGGUACCCUCCACAAGGAGGCUAUCCUCCGGCUGGCUAUCCUCCUCAGCAAGGUUAUCCUCCAGCUGGAUAUCCUCCUCAGCAAGGCUAUCCUCCAGCCGGUUAUCCUGGUCAACAUCACUCAGGAGGAGGAUCCUCUAUUGGAGGAAUAAUAGCAGGAGGUGCUGCUGCUGCUGCUGCCGCCUAUGGUGCCUCCCACAUCGCACAUGGAGCACACGGAGCCCAUGGAGCACACGGAACUCAUGGAACCUAUGGUGUUAGCCAUGGCAUGAUGGGGGGCCAUGUUGGUCAUGGGAAGAUGAAGCAUGGCAAGUUCAAGCACGGGAAGUUCGGUAAGCACGGGAAGCACAAGGGCAAGGGCAUGUUCGGAGGCAAAGGCAAGAAGUGGAAGUAAUCCCUACAUUGCCCUAAUACUGUGACUUAUAUAUAAACCAGCCGGUUAUGCUGUUGUAAUUUCCUCUCCUUUCCUUUUUAUUAAUGUAUAAACAAAAGAGAGUAAUAUGUUGAUCGGCAUUGUGUUGUGUUGCCAGUGCCCUUCUAUAGUAAAGCUCGGCCUCAUGGCUUUAGAGCUGGUCUUUCUUUUUUGUGUGGCUGAACCCUCUUACCUCGUUGCUGGUUUUAAUGUAAUAAUUUGUCAAAAUUGAAAAUUUACAUAUGUUUUAAGAAUUAAA